UUUCCCGCGCGCGGGGCGGCAUGGCGGGCGAGCGGGCGGUGGGGCUGGUGCGGGAGCUGCACCGUGCCGCCGGCGGGCAUCUGCCACCCUUCCGUGCGGAGGGGCUGCGGCAGGCUCUGGAAGAGAUGCGGGCACUGUACGAGCGGAACCAGGCGGACGUGUCCGAAGCGAAGUCGGGACGGACGGACCUGAUUUUCCUCAUCCGGUUUCGGCACUGCUGCCUGCUCCGAAACCAGCGCUGCAUCCUGGCUUACCUGUAUGACCGGUUGCUGCGUAUCCGAGCACUUAGGUGGGAGUAUGGCAGUGUCCUGCCAAACACCAUCCAGUUUCACAUGUCAGCUGAGGAAGUGGAGUGGUUCAAUCGGUACAAAAAGUCUCUGGCUACCUACAUGAGGUCAGUAGGAGGAGAGGAAGGGCUGGACCUUACACAGGACAUAAAACCUCCUAAAAGCCUGUACAUCGAAGUAAGUGCAAGAUUGGUGCGGUGUUUAAGAGACUAUGGAGAAUUUGAGAUCGAUGAUGGUACCACCGUCCUGUUGAAGAAGAACAGCCAGCACUUUUUACCCCGCUGGAAAUGCGAGCAGUUAAUCAGGCAAGGAGUCCUCGAGCACAUUCUGUCGUAAGCAUGCAGGACAGGAGGGACAACCCUUGCUUGGUGGCAUGCCCACAAUGGGGACUGAACUCUGGUGUGUGCAGGACUUCAGACACCUCAGCGUUUCUGCAGUGGGCACCCUGCCACUCCUCUUAACGGCCUUUGAUACCUGACAUGAAGAGCAGCCCAGAGUAUAAAGUAUGCAAACCACAUUGGCCAGCUCUUUGUGACCAAAGGGUGAAUACUGGUAAUGUAGCGAGCCCGAGAAUCCAGGAUAGUGGGAGGUGGGGGGGGGGGGGGCAGGGGGCGUUGGGAUAUGUUGUUAUCCAAGCCCCACAGCUGUAAGCAGGUGUUGUGAAUGCAUUUUUGUUUGGAGCAGGUCUUUGUUCACACUGUGCAUAUGGGAGUAAGAGAUGAACUGUCUGGGCUCCGGAAGCCAGAUUGCUGCAUGGUUGCAAAAUAAAGAACUGCUUCAGCCUUCAUUUUAGUGUUUUUCAAGAGUUAAUGUUGCAUUUGUUAAACACUCUGACCUGGCACUCUGACCCAACCCAUUUUGACCCUGCAGGGUGGUGCUCAAUUAGUUAUUUCUAUCUCUUGGUGCAACUGCUCCUCCAAGUGUCAGAUUAGGCUGCACAAGCUUCUUUCUAGGAUUAGGCAUGAAGCCUUGUCUCCAAUCAGAGGCCUAUAAAUGUUGCUUCUUAAGGUGCUGAGUGAAUGAGCACUGCAGUCUGGGUCAUGGGCCCAGCCAAGGCUUUUCCCAGCACAUUUGGGCUC